GCCCUGCACCGUCGAAGCGCAGCUCGUGACGUAGCGUCACGUGGCGUGGGAGUGCGAGCUUAGAUGCCAUUUCGCGGUUGCAGACGACAGACACCGGCUUCUUCGCUUCAAUGGGCCGUUUGAAGCUUUUGCAUCAAUAAGUAAGCAAGGCAGACGACGAUUAUUGUUCGCGGUCAAGAUACGCCCCCGAAAAACGCCAUCUUUUUUUUUCUUUUUUUUAGAGUAAAGGUUACGUCGACUUCAAGUGGUAGGAUCAGGUUAACGCCCCUCGGUAUCGCUGCAGUGAUAAGUGUUAAUUGUGCCUCCAGCGCGCGUCGCGCCAUUCCUCGUCUUGCCGCCGCCCAAUUCAGCCUCGCGAGAACCCGCGUGAGUUCCUCGCCUUAGCAUCUCGACCAUCACGCAUGACCGCCGCUUGACAUUGCGGACUCAACGUUGUUAUACUGCGCUUCUAUAAGACCUGCGCAUAGUGUCUGCUCAAUCGCCGCUGCUUUUGUUCACUGCACACGAGGAUCUGCUGGAUGGCCCCCUUCAAGUUUCUCAAGUUCCUCGACAGUGGUGAAUUGUCCGACGUCGAAUUCAUGGUGCUUCCGGAGAAGUUUCCUGUGACGCGCACGUUCAAGGCGCACAAGCAGUUCCUGGCCAUGAUGAACGAGGUCUUCGGCACGAUGUUCUUCGGAAGCCUUCCGGAGAAGGACCAGGUGAUCAUCACCGACAUCCAUCCGGAUGGAUUCGCCUGCAUGCUCAGGUACUUCUACGGAGGCAAGCCGCGGUUCAGGGGCAUUGAGGACGCCGUGUACACGAGAACGGCGGCCGUGAAGUACAUGGCGACUGAUUUGGAGCGAAUCUGCUCCGAGUACAUCGUGUCGCACAUCAGCGCUAGCAACGUGUGCCGCCUCAUAGACUACGUAUCGCCGAGCGACGGCGGCUGCAUCGGCGACGCGGUCCUGUCCGUGCUGCGACACGACGGAGUCGGCGUCGUCUGCUCCGACGACUUCAUCGACGCCUUGGACGGCACGGUCGAGUACGUGCUCAACAACGUGCGCAACGUUCCCGAGACCUGCGUCGUGCACAGGCUACACGAUUGGGCCUGGGCCAAGGUCCUCAGGAGCCUGACGGUCGAAGGGAAAGAGGGCGACAUAACCCCGCCUCUGGACGUCAAGACUGUUAUGAAGCCCUUCAUGCCCUUGCUCAGGUUCCUGACCCUGACGCCGCAGGAGUUUAUCUUCGGCCCUUCUUCCUGGCACAUCUUCGAUGGCCGCGAUGACUUCGCCAUUCUCUGCAAUAUCGUGUGUUACGGUUCGGUCCCCCUGCCGCAGUGGACAUGUUCCAUCAGGUACCGGAGAUAGUAGCUUAGUGUCGUUGUUCAUUCGCUUGCUCGACUAUCAAGACCACGUGACGGGAGCGUUAUCAACGCUUCCGUAACUUGUACAGUUAUAUGGACUACGUAAACGAAGCAAUGUCAGUGUUAUCGAGAAACCGAUGGACGCCAAAAACCAAGAGGACACUGUGCCACAUCGAUGGGCCCAUCUUGUUAGGCCCAUCGUAACGUCCUCGAUGUCGCAGCGAGUAGGUGCUCACCACGCUCGUCGCCGUCAGCCCGACGGCUUCGCAUGUCAGCUCAUCGUAGGCCUUCGUGACGUGAGCCAUUGUAAAUAGUACUCUGUCAUUGUCGGAAGCAAUUGGCCGUACUGCGUAGUAUGUUUAGUGCCACUGGUCCACGUUUUUAGAACGGGCGUGUUUUAUUACCAUGCCACUGCCUUCUAAUAUCCUAAUCGUCCCUGUGUAAGGCCAUGUGUUUUUAUUAUAACUAUUAGUCGUAACUCUCUAUAUUACUGUCUUCCGCCUACGACUACUGAAAGCCCUCGACGACGCCAUUUAGCGUAACUGUUCUUGACACAGGUACAUCUUUACCAGCUGUCAGUUUUAUCAUGACGCGGUGACAUGGAGGACAUAAGUGUUUUCCUGAGCUCGUUGGUUUCACUUAGCACAAAUGGUUUCCAGGAAAACGCACUGAAGCUUACAGAAAGGAUGACACACGCUGGUCUAGCAACUGAAUGUUUAUUAUUCGUUUUCCACGCCUUUUCACAACACAAAACAGUCAAUGCUUAUUUUUUUCUUUUGUCACGCAGCUUAUCUGUUUCUUAUAAUGAUCGCUUUUGCGCAAGUAGCCCCUUUUUCUGCUAGUCGUGUCGAUGAUGUACUGAUGCAUGAUUGCUCGCUUCCUUCAAUGGCCAUAGCUUCUAGAACCCCACGCGUCAUCUUGUCUCUACAUUUUUCUAAAACCUUGAUGUCGUGAAAAUGUACGGUACAAUGGCGACGAUGAAAAGCGAGAUGCCCAGUGGAGAUUCCUUCCAAAGAUGCUGCAUGUUCUCUGGCCCUAUCAUCCAGACACUUGACCCUUUGUUGCAUGUAUCGUCGGCCACAUGAUAAAGGUAUACCAUAUAUCACCCCUGUCUUGCAGGCAGUCUACUUUUCUUUUUUUCUUUGUGCAUUACUAACUUUCCCGGCCAUUGUUGACUCGUGCACACAUUGAAUACACCUUUUGUUUGGUGCUGAACCUACAACCGUGAGGCCUUCUUUCCUGGCUGUUUUCAGUUUGUGGGCUAGGCCGUGUUCAUAAGGCACAAGAACAACCUUCUUCCUUUUCUGUUGAAUCUUUCCUUCUUCCUGAACCUUGCUGUUCGGUAGUCUCGUCUUCUUUUUCAGCCCUUUGGCGAUCACUGUAAGCAGGCCUUUGGGAUAGCCAGCAUUGUUGAGCCUGGUUAGCUGGUGCAUAAAGCUUUCUUCCAUUACGUGAUGACGCGACUUCUUCAGGGCGGCUUGCAACACCGUGGUCGCAAUGGCUCAUUUGAUGUUCGAGGACUGGUCGGAGUCUUACUGCAGGAACACGUUGCAUGAGCGGGUAUCGUAGUUCCGGCAUGUACGAAUGUCAUGCUGGAAGUAAGAAUGUCAAACAAGCCAUCGUGACCACGGCGCUACAAGCCACCCUAAGGAAGUCGUGUCGCCAGGUCAUGAAAGAAAGCAUCAUGCAUCAGGUAACCAGGAUCAACAACGCUGGCUAUCCCAAAGGCCUGCUUACAGAGGUCUCCGAAGUGCUGCUAAAGAAGACUUGACUCCCGGGCAGCAAGGUUUAGGAAGAAUAAAACGUUCAAGAGAAAGGAAAGUUACUGUUGUGCCUUAUUUACACGGCCUAACCCACAGACUAAAGAAGACAGCUGCAAGACAGGGGUGAUAUAUGAUGUACACUUAUCAUGUGGCCGACCAUGCACAGGAGAAACAGGCAGGCGUCUUGAUGACGUGACAAGAGAACAUGCAGCAUCUUUGGAAUCUCCGCUGGGCAUCUCUUUUCAUAGUCGCCAUUGCACCGUACAAUUUCGCAUCAAAGCUUUAGCAAAACAGUAAAGAGAAGCUGACGCGCCAAUUUUAGAAGCCAUGGCCAUUGACGGAAGCGGGCAAUCAUGCAGUGGUACACCAUCGAUACUGCUAACCGAAAAAUGAGAAGGGCUGCUUGCGCAAGAGCGAUCUAUCACCCUAAGAGACCGAUAAUUUGCGUGACAAAAGAAAGAAUCAUUGGCUGUCUCGCUCCAUUACAAAAGUGGAAAACGAAUAAUAAACAUUCAGUUGCCAGUCCAGCGUGUGUGGUUGUCCGUUUCUCUCUGUGUCAGUGCGUCCUAUUGGAAACCAUUUGUGCUUUGUGACAUGAACGAACACUCCAUUUUUGCCCCGAUUUCACUGUGCAUGCCCACCUUGUCCAGAUUUCAUUUGUCGCCCACUAUGCUCCUAAUUCACUUCCCAUUUAUCAAGUACUGCAUCACACAUUCUUUGUCACUAUCUGUCAGCUUCGCACGUGAUGAAGACUGUCAUUUCAUACGACACAUCUGGCCUCAGAUAUGCAAGUAGUAGGUGGCUCUUUUAGAGCUUACAAAUGGCAGUUCGGAAGAGCAACAUGCGAGUACGACUUUCGUGCGCUACGCCUUCGACCGUCUCAAACGAAAUUCAAUGGCAAGCACGGCUGCUGUGCCUGUCACCAUCUGUCGUGUGCAUCUGCCAUUCUCGCUCCAUGAACCAUUGACCACGCCUUUGUACAUAGACAUUGUCCACCUCUUACGUGUCAUCGUGCAUGUGUUUUACUGCGUUAUUGACUGGUGAAUAAAGUACUUCAUUCACAGAUCUA